CUCCCUUCUGCACUCGUUCGGUUCAUUGCAAAUUUUGUACACGUAACUGGUCCUUGAAAAUGUUCCGAACUUUGUGGUAAUUUGUGACUGCUCUCCGCUCGUUCUUCCAACCGGAACUACACUCGGAUUGCAAAUUCACUUAAAGAAAGCUUCUACACGAAAUGCUUACUCAAAUGCUUUCGGAAUGAGCCCAAUAUUUUCAAGUUAUUUGAUAUCGCCGCCUUCACUGGACCGUGCGGCGUCCUCUUGGAUGUAUGCGUUCUGUGUUACGUUUUCAGUGGAAUUUCCUUGCGAAAUUUCCUUCAUUUUUGAACAUGGUCUUACGAAGAAGAAAAGCCCAUAACAUGUCUGUGGACGUUGAAACGAAGCCAACCACACCCCCUGAAGUUGCAGUUGCUGGAGGCACGUGUCCAAAAGGCGAUGUCGCUAGUGUUUUACUUCUUAUUGCCCUAUAUGUGAUGCAGGGAAUCCCUUUGGGCUUGUCAGCAGCUGUACCUUAUAUACUCCAAUCCGAUCCAAACACUGCAAGCUAUCAGACUCAAGCCACGUUCUCCUUGGUCACAUGGCCAUUUUCCUUGAAGUUGCUCUGGGCCCCUCUAGUCGACGCGAUCUACAGCACCCGUUUUGGAAGGCGGAAAUCCUGGCUCAUACCGGUUCAGUAUGCGAUCGGUGUAGAUCUACUGGUUCUUGCUAGCAAUGUGGACAGGUGGCUCGGACGCGAAGAGGGCAAGUCCUGGGGCCCACUUGCCGUAACCCACCCUGUAAAUAUCUACAGCUUGACCGUGGCAUUCUUUGGUUUGACACUACUUGCGGCAACUCAAGAUAUUGCUGUGGAUGGUUGGGCCAUCACCAUGCUUUCGAAGCAGAACUUGGGCUGGGCAUCGACGUGCAAUUCUGUUGGGCAAAUACUAGGCUAUAUGGUCGCAUUUGUGCUGUUUCUGUUUCUGGAAUCUCCUCACAUAGCCAACAGCUUUAUACGCGGAAAACCGGUAACUGACCAGGGGUUCAUCACAUUCUCCGGUUUCCUAUACUUCUGGGGCAUUUCCUUCAUGGUUUUGACCACACUGGUCGCCUUAUUCAAACACGAAACAGAGGCAGCCAGGCCGCUUCAAAAGUGCCUCAAUGGAGUGUCAACGAGGCUGCGUAACACAUCGGCCGUUCAGCGACUCAAGACCACUGGUAUGUCAUUACGUCCCCGACAUCGUGGUCGCAGUCCAGAAACAAUGGUCGGUGAUGAAGAUGUUACUGACAUCACCGACGUCGAAGUGGAAAACGAAGACAUUGUAUUCGAUCAAGCUGCGGAUAGUCAGAGAGCAAUGAGAAUUAACAAUCAGAAUUGUUGGGCGAACAGUCGGUCCGGAAGCGUCAUCGAAGUUUCGCCGGAAGAUCCAUCGUUCAACCAAGGCGAUCCAGCUGCUGCCCCCGCUGAGGAGUCAUCCAAUCACGGUCUGUCCUUGUGUGACACAUAUCGUGUCACAAUUGGUGUACUAUGGCUCAAACCAGUCCUCACUUACAUCGCAUUGCUUCUGAUUGUCAAGUUUUGCUUUGCGGCCUGUGAUUCCGUCACCACAUUGAAAAUGAUCGAGCACGGCGUUUCCAAGGAACACUUGGCCUUCCUCCAAAUGCUUCUCGUGCCGCUACAAGUGGUCCUCCCCUUGCUGAUCACUCGAUGGACCAAUGGCCCGCGACCGUUGUUGGUGUUCACCACAGCUGCUAUUGUCCGAAUAAUCCUUUCGGUCCUGGUUAUCCCUCUGGUCCACUACACUCCCGCAUUCCGUCAGGAAUUGCCCAUAGGACAAACUGCCAACGGGACACAAAGCAGUACCGCUUCGGGCAACCCGCAAUACACUUAUCCAUGGACUUUCUACGGUACCGUUCUGGCCUAUUCUGGUAUCAUCGCAACGGCUUCAAACUUCAUGUUCGUCUCGACCAUGUCGUUUCAUGCGCGAAUCAGUGAUCCGGCUGUGGGUGGUACUUACAUGACCCUUUUGAAUACGGCAACGAAUUUGGCUGGCACCCUUCCGAGCAGUUUGAUGCUCUACCUAGUCGACCCACUCAGCGUACGACACUGCAUGAACCCAAACUUAUUGAAAGCCGGUUUGGUGUCGUGGAAUCUAACGACCUCAGCCAAUGCUACGGACGGCUUUCACAACAACGUGACCGGCCAAUUUCCGACGACAGAACAUCUCCUUCAACUCGGUGAAGCCUGGAUCAUGCAAAAUGCAACUUGCAAAGUGAAACACGGUGUCCAUCACUGUGAACUAGCAGACGGCAAGUGUGUGACAACGCUUGAUGGAUUCUACCUGGAAGUUGGCUUCUCCGUGGUUCUCGGCCUGCUCACUUUCCCAAUAUUUGCCAGACGAUUAGCAAAGUACUUGGAUUCCCUUCCUGCCUCUGCCUUUUAUUUUCGUCUUCCCAAAAACUCUUGUCUGGCUGGGAGACGCCGCAGAAAACGGAGUGUGAGCUCUUGAUGGAUUGCCAUCACCCACGUGCGUGUGUGUCCUAACUCUUUUCUCAUUCCGCCAGCACUGGCCACUCUGAACAAUGUUCGCUCUUGGUCUUUAUGUGUCGACCAAUUCGCACUGUUCCGACCCAGGGGGGGGGCCGCUGUUUCUGCGGAUGCUGUGAUCACAAUGGCAUUAUGUGAAUUUUGUUCUUUUUUUGUUGUUGUUUUUAAAAUCUCCCUGCCAACUUUCUGUUUGUGCACACCUAUUUUGUCUCGAAAUUUCUCUCCGGUUACCAAUCUUACCUCUGCGACUUUUCUGCUGAUGUGCGUGCGUGUGUCCCACAUGUUCAACCUGAAUGUGUUAUCAUGAAUUCAGGCUAAUGCAAGGUUGUUUGGACAACCAUUUUGGGUUUCGAAUCAUUCUUAUUUUUCUCGUAUUUUUUAUCGGUGAUGGGGGAUUUUGCCGUAUCCGAAAAUUAGUCCGUAUAUUGGUUUCAC